CAGCGCCCCUCCCCGCCCGCCCUGCGACGGCCAGCGGCUCCCAGCCGCUCCCGCUGGAGCCUGGGGCUCGGCCGCGACCCUCGCCAGCCUCAGACGCUCGGUCCUCCUCCCCACCAGGACGGCGGACAGACGGGGUCCCCGAGGCAGGAAGAGAGCAGCAGAGGGACACAGAGCUCCGAGGUCAUCCUGUGCUCCAUGUUUCCCAGAGCUGGAAGGGAGCCCAUGGGGAAGUCCCUCCUGCUGUGUCCACUCCAUCGGCCCCACUUGCUGCUUUCUAUGGACGGUAGUGCUUUUGCUGCACGGCCUGUAAUCCCAGGCUCUACAUCCCCAGUGCUGGGAUCUCCCUGGACAUCCUCUGCCCACCCACUCCUCCCUGCCAGGUUCCUACCAGGCCGCUGCCCCAUCUGAAAUCCGUGGGCCCCACCGGGCUCUGCAAUGUUGCCACCUCUGCGGACCCUCCUUCUCCUGGCCCUAGGCCUGGGACUGGCCAGGACGCUCAGCUCCAGUGAUCCCAAUGCCUGCAGCUUCUGGGAAAGCUUCACUACGACCACCAAGGAGUCGCACUCCCGCCCGUUCAGCCUCCACCCCUCGGAGCCCUGCGACAGGCCCUGGGAGCGCCCCCAAACCUGCUCCCAGCCCACGGUCGUCUACCGGACUGUGUACCGGCAGGUGGUCAAGAUGGGCCACCGCCCGCGCCUGCAGUGCUGCCAGGGCUUCUACGAGAGCAGCGGGAUCUGUGUCCCGCUCUGUGCCCAGGAGUGUGUCCAUGGCCGCUGUGUGGCGCCCAACCAGUGCCAGUGUGCACCAGGCUGGAGGGGUGACGAUUGCUCCAGCGAGUGUGGCCCCGCGGUGUGGGGGCCUCGGUGUGAUAAGCCCUGCGGCUGUGGCAACAGCAGCUCCUGUAACCCCAAGAGCGGGGUAUGUUCUUGCCCACCUGGCCUGCAGCCUCCCAACUGCCUUCGGCCUUGUGCCCCUGGCUACUAUGGCCCUGCCUGCCGGUUCAGCUGCCAGUGUCACGGGGCACCCUGCAAUCCCCAGACCGGAGCCUGCUUCUGCCCUCCAGGGAGAACAGGGCCCAGCUGUGAUGUGUCCUGUCCCCAGGGCACGGCUGGCUUCUUCUGUCCCAGCACCUCUCCUUGCCAAAAUGGGGGUAUCUUCCAGGACCCCCAGGGCUCCUGCAGCUGCCCACCUGGCUGGAUGGGCAUCAUCUGCUCCCUGCCCUGCCCAGAGGGCUUUCAUGGACCCAACUGCUCCCAGGAAUGUCUCUGCCACAAUGGUGGCCUCUGCGACCGAUUUACUGGACAGUGCCGCUGCGCUCCAGGCUACACAGGGGAUCGGUGCCAGGAGGAGUGCCCAGUGGGCCGCUUUGGCCAGGACUGUGCUGAAACGUGCGACUGCGCCUCAGGCGCCCGCUGCUUCCCGGCCAACGGCGCGUGCCUGUGCGAGCACGGCUUCACCGGGGACCGCUGUGAGGAGCGCCUCUGUCCCGACGGCCGGUACGGCCUCGGAUGUCAGUCAUCCUGCACCUGCGACCCGGAGCACAGUCUCAGCUGCCACCCGAUGCACGGGGAGUGCUCCUGCCGCCCGGGCUGGGCCGGCCUCCACUGCAACGAGAGCUGCCCGCAGGACACGCACGGGCCGGGUUGCCAGGAGCACUGCCUCUGCCUGCACGGCGGCGUCUGCCUGGCCGACAGCGGCCUCUGUCAGGGGCCUCACUGCGCCAGCCUCUGUCCUCCCGACACUUAUGGGUUCAACUGCUCCUCGCGCUGCUCCUGCGAAAACGCCAUCGCCUGCUCACCCCUCGACGGCUCCUGCAUCUGCAAGGAAGGUUGGCAGCGUGGGAACUGUUCUGUGCCCUGCCCACCUGGAUCCUGGGGCUUCAACUGCAAUGCCAGCUGCCAGUGUGCCCAUGAUGGAGUCUGUAGCCCCCAAACUGGUGCCUGUACCUGCACCCCUGGGUGGCACGGGGCCCGCUGCCAGCUGCCCUGCCCGAAGGGGCAGUUUGGCAAAGGUUGUGCCAGUCACUGUGACUGUGACCAUUCUGAUGGCUGUGACCCGGUCCAUGGACACUGCCAAUGCCAGGCUGGCUGGAUGGGUAACCGCUGCCACCUGCCCUGCCCUGAGGGCUUCUGGGGAGCCAACUGCAGCAAUACCUGCACCUGCAAGAAUGGAGGCACCUGUGUCCCUGAAAGUGGCAGUUGUGUGUGUGCCCCUGGAUUUCGAGGCCCCUCCUGCCAGAGACCCUGCCCACCUGGCCGCUAUGGCAAACGCUGCGUACCCUGCAAAUGUAAUAACCACUCCUCCUGCCACCCCUCGGAUGGGACCUGCUACUGCCUGGCUGGCUGGACGGGCCCUGACUGCUCCCAGCUAUGCCCCCUAGGCCACUGGGGAACCAACUGUGCCCAGGCCUGCCAGUGUCACCACGGUGGGACCUGCCACCCCCAGAAUGGAAGCUGCAUCUGUGCCCCAGGCUGGACCGGACUCCAUUGCUUGGAAGGCUGCCCCCCAGGGAUGUUUGGUGCCAACUGCUCCCAGCCAUGCCAGUGUGGUCCAGGAGAGAGGUGCCACCCAGAGACUGGCGCCUGUGUGUGUCCCCCAGGGCACAGUGGUGCACCGUGCAGGAUUGGGAGCCAGGAGCCCUUCACCAUGAUGCCUACCUCCCCUGUGGCCUAUAACUCACUGGGCGCCGUGAUCGGCAUUGCAGUGCUGGGCACCCUGGUAGUGGCCCUGGUGGCACUGUUCAUUGGCUACCGCCAUUGGCAAAAGGGCAAGGAGCACCAGCACCUGGCGGUGGCCUACAGCACUGGACGGCUGGAUGGCUCCGACUAUGUCAUGCCAGAUAUCCCUCCAAGCUACAGUCACUACUACUCCAACCCCAGCUACCACACCCUGUCCCAGUGCUCUCCGCAUCCCCCGCCCCCUAACAAGGUUCCAGGCAGUCAGCUCUUCGCCAGCCUCCAGGGACCCGAGCGGCCAGGUGGAGCCCACGGGCAUGACAACCACACCACCCUGCCUGCUGACUGGAAGCACCGGCCUCUGGACAGGGGUGGCAGUCGCCUGGAUCGAAGUUACAGCUACAGCCACGGUAACGGCACAGGCCCCUUCUACAAUAAAGGGCCCAUCUCUGAAGAACAGCUGGGGGCCAGCAGGGCUUCUCUGAGCAGUGAGAACCCCUAUGCCACCAUCCGGGAUCUGCCCGGCCUGCCAGGGGGCCCCCGGGAGAGCAGCUACGUGGAGAUGAAAGGCCCUCCCUCAGGGUCUCCCCCCAGGCCUCUCCAGCUCCGGGACAGCCAGAGGCGGCGGCACCCACAGCCACAGAGAGACAGUGGCACCUACGAACAGCCCAGCCCCCUGACCCACGAUCAAGACUCCGUGGGCUCCCUGCCCCCACUUCCUCCAGGUCUGCCCCCCGGCCACUACGACUCACCCAAGAACAGCCACAUCCCCGGACACUAUGACUUGCCUCCAGUACGACACCCCCCAUCACCCCCACUCUGGCGCCAGGAUCGCUGAGAAGCCAAGAUGGUAUGGCAGAGGCCAGCACACCUGACCCUUGCUGCCCAAGGCAGGGACAGCCCUCUGAACCCUGCCAGGAGCAGGGAGUGGACUGGCAGGCCAUGGCGUCGAACACUUAAUGAAGGAAGUGAAUGGCGAGGCAGGAGCCUCCCUCCCAGGUCCCAUCGGGGAGACGCUGUUUGGCAGGAUGCCUGGUCCCUUUCCCCCUGCUGCUGCUCUGCAAGGCCUCAGGGCCUGUGGACAUAAAUUGGUGGGUUGAAUGUCGUUGGGUGACUCUGAUUUCAAAAACAGGUAUUGAGUAUCAUUUCUGUGCACACGUGGGCUGGGCUCUGUGUGUGUGUGUGUGUGUGUGUGUGUGUGUGUGUGUGUGGCUUCACAGGGGUACCACUCCUACCCCGGGGUCCUGCCCUCAGGCACUCACCAUGUGGCCAGCAGGCAGCCACCCCCCAUUAGCGCCAACAGAAGCCUUGCUGCUGGCUCCUGGCAUUCACUGGGUGGUUCCUCCAUCCUGCUGCAGAAGUACAAGCAGGUGGGCCACUCCUCACCCGCAAGUCGUCAUGUCUUCCUGGGUGAACCUCUGUUUUUUGAGUCAGAAUCAGAGCUUUGGAAGGCCUCAAAGGUCCUGCUGCCUGGCCUGUCCCUUCAGCCUCACCCAGAACUGUGCCCACGGUGGUGGCUCUCCUCCAGUUACACCUUUAGGUCUGCUGUCUGCCGUGCCCCGUUCCACCCCAGGGGAUGGCACACCUGCAUGCUUUUCUUCCCCCACCUCUUGGCUCCUACUUCUCCUUCACACUCCACCCAGCCCUGGUCUCUCUCCUUUAGAGCAUUGAUGGCAACAGUCUUCAUUCUCCAGGUACCAGCAGAAGGCUUCCAGGGUGCCAAGCACCCUGUUAUUUCUUAAUGUGUUAUUUCCUCAUAUGGUUAUUGGAUUAAUUUCUGCCUUCCUCACAAGACUGUAAGCUCUCUGAAGGCAAGAUUCUUGUUUAUGCUCUAUAUUGGGUCCCCUUGGCACAUAGUAGACACUCAAUAAAUGAUUCCCUUUGACUGA